AUCUCUAAGUCCGAAACUAAAACCACAUAUCAUUAGUUACUUAAAACAUCACAAAACUGGAAUCUAAUCGGUUCAUAAAGUAAAAUUAAUUCUAUAAUCCGGUUUUCUUCCAUCAGACUGCUCAAACAGCAGUGAAUAUGUCUGAACGGGAACGAGAACCGAUAAGUGGUUCCAGCCGCGAUUAUGGCGCCGUGGCAGCGCCCCCUACGGUCGCCUUUGCUGACUUCAGCCCUACAGAGCUAUAUAACCUGAGCGAGGGCAUUGCAGACAACAUCAAUACCAUCAACACAGGCCUACGCGCACUGGAGAAGAUGAUGAGACAGAUCGGAGGACCCAACGACAGUGUGCAGCUUAGAGACAAAAUCCACGACACACAACAGAACGUGAACAGUUCUGUGUCGGCGACGGCGCGGGACAUACAGAGGCUGGGCGUGGUGGUGCGGCGCGGGGACAAGCCACAGAAACUGCAAGUUGAACGCCUCACGCAGGCGUUCAGAGAUGCACUCGCCAAGUAUUCUUCUGUGCAAAAGCAAGUGUCAGAAAAGAUGGCGGCCCAUAUGCCGACUCAGGGCCGACCUCGGAACGAUCCUCGAGCGCUGGAGGAGCAGGCCAUUGCAGAUGACGAGGAAGCGGCUUUGCUGGCCAACCAACAGGCUCAGGCGAGGCUCGUCCAAUUCGAGACAAGCAUGCUGCUGGAGAAAGAGGCGUACAUCAACAAGAUCGAAGCCGACGUGUUGGACGUCAACCAGAUCAUGCAGGACUUGGCCGACAUGGUCAGCGCGCAGGCGCAGACAGUCGACACAGUGGAGAGCCACAUCUCAGCCGCGAGCGCGGGGGUAGAAGCCGGCGUGGACGAGCUGGCCAAAGCCGCCGAGUACCAACGCCGCUACAGGCGGAAGAUGUUCUUUUUCUCGCUUAUAGGCAUCAUACUGGCCAUCAUAUUAAUCGUGUGGCUCGUUAAAGCAUUCAGAUAAACCGUUUAUUUAUGUUCAUUUGUGCAAAAAAUUUAAAAUUAUCACACUUUUCACGUAAUUGUCGAAAACUUGAGUGUUAUCGUCGACAAUUGUCAUACUUUUCACGUAAUGGUCGAAUACUUGAGUGUUAGCGUUGAAAAUUGUAAUAAUUUUCACGUAAUGGUGGAAAACUUGAUGUUACCGUUGAAUACUUGAGUGUUAUCUUUGAAGAUUGUAAUACUCUUCAAAUAAUGGUUGAAAACUUGAGUGUUAAUCAUUGAAUAUUGUAAUACUUUUCACGUAAUGGUCGAUAACUAGUGAUAGUGUUGAAAAUCGUCAUACUUUUAACGCAAUGGUCAAAAACUUGAUGUUACCGUCGAAAAUUGUCCCACUUUUCACGUAAUGGUCGAAAACUUGAUGUUAUCGUCGAAAAUUGUCCCACUUUUCACGUAAUGGUCGAAAACUUGAGUGUUAUUGUCGAAAAUUGUAAUACUCUCCACAUAAUGGUUGAAAACUUGUGUGUUAAUCGUUGCAAAUUGUAAUACUUUUCACGUAAUUGUCAAAAAUUUAAGUGUUAUCAUUGGAGAUUAAUCAUACUUUUCACGUGAUUGUCGAAUAUGCAUAAAAAGUCAUAUUUCAAAAAUUUUCACCUGGCCAUACUGAUUGUGUGGCUAGAUAUAAUAUCUAAGUUAAGUAUUUAUAGAUUUUCUGUUGUUGUAUCAUAAUAUUCACUAAAUGGUCGAAAAAGGGUGUAAUUUUUUUCACAGUUACUUAUUUCAUUCCUACUUCUAAACAUUGUUACGUUUUUACCAUAAUGAGAAAUGAACUUGAGCGUUUUAAAAUAUCUCUAAAAGUUUUUUUUUACUUUUUUAUUUCUUAUUAAGAAAAUAUUACAAUAAUACUUAAAGCUAGCCUUAUCUCUAAAGUGCUCUAACUUAGUUAAAACAUUAAACUUAGAAACUAUAAUUAAAUUAUGGGGACAUAAUUUAAUUUAUAUAAAUUAUUAUAACUUUAUCCCUCAGAGCUACUAUGAAUUUUACAAAUGUGUACUCAUAGCAAUAGUUAUUUAUUUUGCAAGGGCGCAAAGUAGAAAAUUAUAGCCUCGG